GUGUGUUAAAAUAGCACAACUCAUUAAAAUCUUAAGUUGAAUCGGUGAAAUGUUGAAGUUGUUAAGUGUCUUCGUUGAUUUGUCCUGUCUUUUCUUUUGUAUUUGGUAGAUAGGAAAUGGGAAGGAAGUUUAACUCACGAUGGUCUUUGGUCAAUGGAUCCUCUUAAGUUUCACUUCUUGAUUUAUUUUGAAACCCUAUAUAUACACUCAUCCACAUUCUUACUUCUCAUACUAUUCUUACUUCCUUUUUAUUCUCUAUUCUCAUGGCUAUGCUUCAAUCAUCCGUCUCCUCAUCCUCUUCCUUCUCCUAUGGAUUCACCUAUGACGCGUUCCUUAGCUUUAGAGGUGGUGACACUCGUUAUGGUUUUACUGGAAAUCUCAAUAGAGCUCUUUGUGACAAGGGAAUCCGAACCUUCAUGGAUGACAGAGAGCUUCAAGGAGGUGAAGAAAUAACAUCAUCACUUUUCAAGGCCAUUGAAGAGUCUAGGAUUUUCAUUCCCGUCUUGUCUAUCAAUUAUGCUUCUUCUUCAUUUUGCUUGGACGAACUUGUCCACAUCAUUCACUGCUUCAAGGAAAGCGGGCGUCUAGUUUUGCCAAUUUUCUAUGAUGUGGAACCUUCUCACGUGCGACAUCACAAGGGCAGUUAUGGUAAAGCACUGGAUGAUCAUAUAGAGAGGUUCCAAAAUAACAAGCAUAGCAUGGAUAGGUUGCAGAAAUGGAAGAUUGCUCUUACUCAAACUGCUAACUUCUCUGGCCACCAAAUCAAUCCUAGCGUAGGGAAUGAAUUUGAGUUAAUCAACAAGAUUGUUGAAGAUGUCUCGAGGAUACUUAAUGGUGUUCCUUCUUUACACGCUGCAGUUUCCGAUGUUUCUCAGACUCGCAGAGUUGUUCAAGUUAUAAUGUUGAUCUCACUUAGGGUGUUUCAAGCCGAGACGACUUGGAGAGUAAUUGGUUUUAUGUCAUGUAUUGUUGGCUUGUUAUGUUAUGCUCUAAGCCCUUCUUUCAAUCGAUUAUUUGGAAGGUGGAAUCCUUUCAAGGUCUUUCUCUAUGUAGCGUUGUCCUUAGCCAUCUUAACCACCAUAUUAGUUGUAAAGCAGGCAUCACCUUCCACGCGCCAUGUUCAACUAAAAAACACUUGCAUAACCUUUGUGGUUUUGAUGAUUAUCUCAGUGUACUCAUUCUUCUAUGACGAAGCUGUGAAUGGAAAACCUAACAUACUGAGUGUAAUUUCAAAUGCUGCAUUUGCUUUUGUAUCAGUAAGCUUGCACAGACUGCUUAAGUUUGGGGUUGAGAUGGGUGUGUUCUCUUAUUUUGUAGGUUGCUUUACAAUUCAACUGUUAACCAUCAACUGGGUGUUGAACUUUUUUGCCAUAAUCUUCGGUUUUCUGCUCUUUCUUCUUCAUUCUACUAUGAAUCCCCAACCCAAUGUGGCUAGUGAACGUCAAGAUAAUCAAGUUUGAGAAGGGUUGGUAGUGGUCGGUGGUCAACAUGUUGGAAUUGAAUCGUGAAGCAAGUUUAAGAAAUUAGCAUUGUAGGGUAAUUUGGCUUUUUUAUCUACAUAUGUCCAAUAAUAGUUUGGUUGGCAAUGAAUCGUGUCAACUUGAACAUUUGGAACUUGGCUCAACAAUUAAUUCGUGAACUUUAUUUAUGAA